AUGGUCGCUAGCGAGGCGGAGGCUGGCUGGGAAAGGCUCGAGGCCGGCGGCGUCCCGCCCACGAUGCGCCACGGCCUGGCCUGCGCCGCGCUCAGGACGCGCGACCGCGCGCUGCUCUACGUGUUUGGUGGCAUUGAUGCCGCUGCGCGCCUCGGCAGCGGCGGCGCGGGCAGCGCGGACGAGUAUCUCGACGAUCUGCACGUGCUCGACGCGACGGACGGCGCCAUGACGUGGCGCCGGCUCCUUCGCGGCGCUUCCGCCUCGUGGCCGCAGCGGCGUGCCUUCCACACCGCCACCGCCAUCGACUCGCGCGCCUUCCUCGUGUUUGGAGGCGCGACGGCGCCUCCAAAGCGGCCGCGCCGCCGCUCGCGCGCCAGCAGCGGCGCGGCGGCGGACGAAGGCAACCCUGUCUCGUACCUCAACGACGUCUGGCAGUUUCGCGGCGAGGACCAGGCCUGGGUGUGCGUCGAGAGCCGCGGCGAGCCGCCGCCGGCGCGCGGCGCGCACGCGGCGGCGCUCGUGAGUGCCCCGCCCCGGCUGCUAGUCCACGGCGGCUGCGGCGAGGGCGGCGCCGUGCUGGACGACCUGUGGCUCCUGUCGGCACGCGCCGGAGCGGACGCGGCGCUGAGCGGCGCGCGCACCGAGCUUGCCACGGCGCGCAAGCGCGAGGCGGCGCUGUCGACGGAGCUGGAGGCGGCGCGUGCGGCGGCGGCGAGCCACCAGACGGCCGCAGAGGCGCGCAGCCGCGAGGCGCUCGAGCUGCGCCAGCAGCUGCACGCGCAGAAGCAGGCGGUGCGCGCCGCCGAGGGGCGGCUCUCGCGCCUCCCGGGCUCCGCCCGCGCGCUCGCCGAACGGCUCAGCGACCUCUGCGAGCCCAUCGAGGCGGCCCUGCACGAGCUCAAUGCGGCGCACGCGCCGUCGAUCGAGCGCGGCGACGGCUCCCGCGGCACCGGCAGCUUUUGA